UAACAGUCCUAGUCGUGAUUCUAGGAGGUUCAACCAGCCGUGUGUGUGUGUGUAGUUAGUUUUCUGUGUUUUAACCCCAAAACGGAUCUAGCCCGUCCACUUGUGAUCAACUUCAAUAUGAAGCCUUUCCUAAUCGCUGCAGCUUUGCUCAUCUCAACGGUGUCGGCCUCUUGGCACGGCGCUGUUUCCACACAAUACCAGCAUCUGGAUCCCCAUAGCCACACCUACUCGUAUGGCUACGCCGAUCCCAACUCACAGAAACACGAGACGCGUGCUCACGAUGGCACCACCCACGGCUCCUACUCCUAUGUCGAUGGCCACGGUCAUUUGCAGUCCGUUUCGUAUACCGCUGAUCCUCAUCACGGCUUCAAUGCUGUGGGCACCAAUCUGCCACAGGCCUCGGCUGUUGCUCAUCAUCAUGCUCCAGCUGUGGCGCAUCACUACGCUCAUGCUCAUGCUUAUCCCGUGCUGACUCACGCCGGCGUGCCUGUGGACACUCCCGAGGUGCAGCACGCCAAGGCUGCUCAUGCUGCCGCCCACGCUGCUGCUGCUCACAAUGCGCAUGGCCAUCAUUUGUACAAGCGUUCCAUCUAUGGUGGUGCCUGGGCUUAUGGUGGUGCUGCUCACAAUGGCGCUCCCGUCGACACUCCCGAAGUGCAGCACGCCAAGGCUGCUCACUUUGCUGCUCAUGCCGCUGCGCGCUCUGGUCAUGGACACGCUAUUGCUCCCGUUGCCCACGCCGGCUACCAUGUGCCUGUGAUCCACAAUGGUGUGCCCGUCGACACUCCCGAGGUGCAGCACGCCAAGGCUGCGCACUUUGCUGCGCUCUCGCAGGCCUCCGCUCACAGCAGCUCGCACAGCUCUGGCUCCUGGGAUGAUGGUCACUACAAUGGCCAGUACGAUGGACACUACGAUGGCAGCUGGGAUGCCGGACACGACAGCCACGCCCACAGCUAUGCCAGCAACUAUGCGCACAAGGGUCCCAUUCACAUUCCAGUCAUACACAACGGUGUGCCCGUCGAGCCCGCAGAGGUGCAACAUGCGCGUGCUGCUCAUCUGAAGGCUGUGGCUGCUGCCAGUCACGGCGGUGGCGCCUACUACGGCGGCUCAGCUCAUCACGAGGAUGAUGGACAGUACCAUGCGCACUACAAUCAUUACUAAGCUAUGGAUGCUUCCAGAUGCGCCAAUGCUUAAGCCAUUUGACACAAGGACAACCACAACCAAGGACGAGCAACUCUAAACUGCCCUGAAUACUCUAACGUAUAACCAAGCUAGCCACUCUCUCUCUCUCUCUCUCUCUAUCUUUCUCUUUCAAAGCGGAAAACUACUACACACGGGAGAUUUGAGCUGCUGUCUCAAUUGCCCGUUGCGCAUUCUUCUUCUAACUAUUCUGUCUCUCUCUUACUCUCUCUGUCUCUCACACACUGUUAAUUGCCUUCACUAGGCUUGCAAAUACUUGUACUUUACCCCACUUCUUCGCCCCCCCCUCUGUUCUCUAUCACUACUAGCAACGCUGUACUUGUUGUAAAUAAUGUUGUAAUUUUUAUUUCGAAUCUUGUAUUAUGCAACUGAUAUAAUGCUCUAUAUAUAUAUUGUACGAGAAACUGCAAACAGAUAAAUAAACUGCGAAAAUGUAUUUGAUC